AUGUCUAACAUCAUCAACAAGGUCAAGGACGCCGUCGCCCAUCACGGUGACAAAGACCACAAGUCCACUGGUACUACUGAUGCCAAUGCCUAUGACUCUACCCGAUCAUCCAACUAUGGUCCUCAUGAUACCAACACUGCCAACGCUGCCGACCCCCGGAUCGACAGCGACCGCUCAGCCUACAACACUUCCACUUCUACCAACUACGGUCCUCAUGAUACCAACACUGCCAACACUGUUGACCCUCGCGUCGAUAGCGACCGCAGCUCAUAUGGUACCUCCGGUGUGACUGGAUCUACUGGCGCUUAUGGAACUACUGGCACCACUGGCACUGGCAGCACUGCUGACGCUUACGACCUGAACCGAUCCACCAACCACGGUCACCACGAUAGCAACAUCGCCAACAAGGCCGAUCCUCGCCUCGACAGCGACCGCGAUGGACGUGCCUCCUAUGGUACCACUGGCGCUACUGGUACCACUGGCGCAUAUGGCACUACUGGCUCGACUGGCUCUACUGGCUUCGCUCCUACUGCCCACUCCUCUACUCAGCCUAUCUCCACCGGUGCUGGCUCGACUGGCACAUAUGGAACUACUGGCACCACUGGCACUGGCAGCACUGCUGACGCUUACGACCUGAACCGAUCCACCAACCACGGUCACCACGAUAGCAACAUUGCCAACAAGGCUGAUCCUCGCCUCGACAGCGACCGCGAUGGCCGUGCUUCUUACAGUAACACCGGCACUGCUGGUACCACUGGCGCUUACGGUACGACCGGUGCUACUGGUACCACCGGAGGUUUUGGCUCCGUUCCCUCUGCCCACUCUGCUGCCUCUGGACCUGCCAGCUCUACCGCAGGCCCCCACAGCAGCAACAUCGCUAACGAGGCCGACCCCCGUGUCGACAGCGACCAGAGCAAGGCGAAGAAGGAGCACAUUCCUGGCCAGUACUCUGGCGUCGACCGCUUUGACCAGGACGUUCACAAGGGCAGCAUUGCGGGCGGAAACCAGGUUAUCGGCCUCCACGGCAGCAAGGGCCCUACCACCACCAAGAACUUUGACCAGUCUCAGCAGGAGAGCGCUGCCGGUAGCAGCUACAGCACCGGUGGCCCUACCACCGCCGGUCCCCACAAGAGCGACACUCUGAACAAGAUCGACCCUCGUGUUGACUCGGACCUCGAUGGCUCCAAGACCAUCGGUGGUAACCAGACUGGUGCUCAGACUCAGCGUUACUAA